AUGACAGAACCAACUGUCCUUCCUGUGCAUGCAGAACAAACACAGAAAAGAGAGAGUGUUGCCACACAGCUGAUGAAGCAUGAAAAGGAAGAGGGUGUUCGUGUUCCUUCUAACGAACUUGGUUCAGCAAAAGCAGCUGUUUACCAGAGAGAGCAGUCUACGUCGGAGUUAAGAAAGGACGGUGUAUACAAAAGUACUCGGAGACCUGAGAAGACAGAAAUUAUUAAAUCGCUUGUGACAGAUCACGAUACAUUUAGAAACUGUGAACUAUAUCUACCUGUGUCUAGUAAUUGUUCAGCAGUGGAGUCAUCUGAGGACAGUGAGGAGGACAUGUAUCGUGAUGCAGAAGAAAUAGAGAGAGAGAAAACACUACUUUGCAGGACAAGCUUUUCAGAAUAUAAACUAAGUGUUGCACCUGAAAUGGACAUCAUGGAGUAUUGCAGAAAAGAAUGGAGAGGAAAUACACCAGUAGCAAAAAGGAUGAGAAAGGGAUAUGAAGCAGUUGCUCAGAAGUUUGCAUCUAUUAGGAGAGUACGAGGUGAUAACUACUGUGCUUUCAGAGCAACUCUUUUCCAGGCACUAAGCCAAGCUACCCAGUUACCAAGCUGGCUGCAGAGUGAGGAUUUUACUAUG